AUGGCUAUAGGGGGAGAUCAUUUGAACUUGAUUAACAAGGUUAAACACUACAUAGGUUCUUGUUUUAAAGUUAAGGACCUAGGACCCUUAAAAUAUUUCUUAGGUCUAGAAAUUCAAAAUAAUGUUACUGGCAUUACAAUUAGUCAAAAGAAAUAUGCUUCUGACCUACUUAAAGACACUGCUCUGUAUGAUGCUAAGUCCAUUAACUCUCCUAUUGACACAAAUAGUAAACUAUCACCUAAUGAAGGUAUACCAUUAGAUGAUCCUCUUAGAUAUAGGAGAUUAGUAGGUAGAUUAAUGUACUUAUGCCUAACCAGGCCUGAUAUCACAUAUACUGUGAAUACUCUUAGUCAAUUUAUGCAAAAACCAACUCAAGUUCACAUGAAUGCAGCAAAUAGAGUUCUCAAAUACAUCAAAGGCACCUUAGAUCAUAGUCUUUUCUAUCCUGCCACUAACGUCUUGCAGGUUAGAGGAUUCUGUGACUCAGACUGGGCUGCAUGCACUCAUACACGCAGAUCAGUAACAGGGUUCUGCAUCAAAUUAGGUGAUGCUCUCAUUGGAUGGAAAUCUAAAAAGCAGAAGACAGUUUCCAGGUCCUCUGCUGAAGUAGAAUACAGAGCCAUGGCUUCCGCUGUCAGUGAAAUGUCUUGGAUUCACAAUCUACUCAAAGAACUUCAAAUCAAAGCUAUUUAUCCUAUGGACCUAUACUGUGAUAAUCAGGCGGCUAUUCACAUAGCCACAAAUCCAGUAUUCCAUGAGCGUACAAAGCACAUCGAAUUGGAUUUGCAUUUUACACGAGACAAAGUUCAAGAAGGAUUAAUAAAAUUGGCUCACCUCAGAACUGCAGAUCAACCGAGCGAUCUCCUCACAAAACCCUUAUCUGUCCAGCGGAUUCACCAUCUCCUAGACAAGCUGAACAUGCGAAGAUCCCCUGCUCAGCUUGCGGGGGGGUGA